AUUCAGGAAAUGGUUUCCAUGGGUUCUGCACGAUAAGCUAGAGAGGAGGAUGGAUGCCACUCAGCAGAUCGACGAACCCUUCUCUGAAGAAGAAGAAGAAGAAGAAGAACAGGAAGCGGAGGAGAAAGGAGGAUCAGAAAGAGAACAAUUAGCAACACUAAAGGUGUUCAAAAAUGAGCACAUACCAGAGGCAGAAUUCCCCCUCUACAUCGGAGAGAAUGUCAUCGGCCGUGAUCCUGCUGUCUGUUCUGUUCUUCUUCCGGCCCGAUCUGUAUCCAGUCGGCAUGCUGUUAUCUCCAUCUCUGUGUUCCGCUCUAGCAAUGAUCGUUUUGCUAAUGGUGAAGAUAUAGAAGCACUUUUAUGGGACAUGGGGAGUUUGAAUGGAACCAGAAAAGGCAGAUUGAAGCUGACUCCUCAGGUACGAUAUGCUUUGAACGAGGGAGAGAGUGUGGUGCUCGCUGACGUGCCAUGCCAGUACACUAACCUGAAGAUCUCAAAGAAAGAUACACUCGUAACUCCAGAGAAAGGAGGUUUGCCCAAAAAGCAGCAAAAAUUAAGUUCAGCUUUAUCAAGUAGUGACUCGGAGUCAGAGUUGAGUAAAGGUGUGCGGAAUAGGUUGAAUGUAAAAGAUAGGGGCUUUUUGCCACCUGUGCCUUUAUGGAGCCCUGAGGAUGAACAACCCAAAAUUAGUUCAACCCAGGCAGCUCACAAACAGCCUGAGAUCACCCUGGUGCCUGAAUCAGACUCAGAUGGAGAGAGUGCGCCGGAUGAGAGGAAAGAUUUUGUUUCAGACUCAGCGUCUUCCUCUCAUUUGUGUAGCUCCACAAAUUCAUCAUUCCUGACCCCUGCAAAAAAUGUCAUUCCAGAGAGUGAGGAUGAAAGCUCAAUCACUCCAUCCUCAGCCUCAAUAGACCAGUUCAGACUAAGGCAAUCCCCUGAUGAGCCUUGUUCAAAGUCAUCUAAGCCUGGCCCUCUAGUUCUUAAUCUGGACAGUGACAUUGAUUUUGAAGAAAAGGACAUGGAGAAAAGCAAGCCCGAAGCUGAGGCUCAGCCUGAAUUAGCUGCAAAGAUGGAACCAGUAUCUUCCGCUGAAUUUCAUAUGGACAGUGAUACUGAUGUUGAGGAAGAGGAACCAGGGUCAAGUAAGACUGGACCAGAGGCUCAAAAAGCAGUAACUCUAGAGAAAUCUCUAUCUUCAGUUGGGCUUCAUAUGGAUAGUGAUACUUAUGUUGAUGAAGAGGAAGAGAAAAAUAAAACUGAAACAGAGGCUCAGAUUGAACAAGCUCUAAAUGUGGGACCAGCAUCUUCAGCAGAUCUUCAUAUGGACAGUGAUACUGAUGUUGAGGAAGAGGAACCAGAAGCAAGUAAGGCUGAACCACAGGCUCAAGAAACAGUAUCUCUUGAUAAAUCUGUAUCUUCAGUUGGACUUCAUAUGGACAGUGAUACUGAUGUUGAAGAAGGUGAGGAGGAGAAAAUGGAGACUAAACCAAUGGUUCACACCAAAGAAGCUCCAAAAGUGAACUCGGAUCUUCAUAUGGACAGUGAUACUGAUGUUGAAGAAGGUGAGGAAGAGAAAAGCGAGACUAAAUCAAAGGUUCACACUGAAGAAACUCCAAAAGUGAACUCCGAUCUUCAUAUGGACAGUGAUACUGAUGUUGAGGAGAAUGAAGCUUCUAUAACUGAAAAUGUCUCCAAGGAAGAAGUCAAAGAAAGUGCUUCAUCAUCAGCACCACAGCAUACAGAAUUUCACAUGGACAGUGACACUGAUGUUGAGGAUGAUAUUCCCAUAAAGGUUUCUAUUGCUACAGAGGUCUCACAUCCCAUUGGAGAAGGAAGUGAUGUCAGGCCUACAUCAGCUCCAGAGUCAGAGCUCCACAUGGACAGUGACACAGAUGUAGAUGAAGAGAAUGAGGAUAAGGAAAAGGCGAAGGCCAAAGGUCUUCUGUUAAACAGUGAAACAGAUGAUGAGGAUUCUUUUAAACCUUUACCAGGCAAAACUGAGAAGGAAGCACAGAGUCACAAUGUUUCUGUAGGUAGCAAAGCUGAGCAAUCAGAAGAGAGCACCAAUAAAAAGCGAGAUCAUCAUUCUCAAGCAAAGACUAAUCUUGAGGAACAAACCCAAGCUUUUGGCCACUUUGAAGAAGACUGGGACUUACUGCCCACACAAGCAUACGGAACUGCUGGAACCAGUGCUAGGCUCAAACCAACCCAUCUUGAUUUUGAGGCUACACAGGCAUAUGGAACCGAGACAGACAUGGAGGAAGAGCAGGAGCCUCUGAACCAUACCCAACCCUACUCCAACCUCUCAUCUGCUGAAACUCAGCUCAUCCCAGUAGCAAAGCCAGAUAAUGAGGAGGAGGAAGAUAAAGAGACACAAAAUGACUCUCACCUUUCCACAGCAGACACUGUGAUCAUAUCCAGCACCCCAAAACGGAAGGAGGAGCAGACGCAGCCUUUUUCUCUCUUCACAGCGCAAACACAACUUGUCUGGGAGGGACAAGACAAAGAGGUUUAUCAGAAUGAGCCCACCCAGCUCAUGACAGACACUGUUGAAGAAACAGAAGAGGCUGAGGAGGAGAACAUGAAACGAGGUAGGAGAAGCCGUGGUGGAGGGACAGUACCAGCUAAAGACAGUACCAGUAAAAGCACCAGCUCCUCUUUUAUAAUUGCUGAAACUCAGCCCAUGUGUGAGCAAGUAGAGGCAACAGAUGCAAAUCUGAGUGGGGAUGGCUUUCAGGAACCAAGUACAAGACAACAGGCUGAGAAAUAUGAUUCCGCACAUCUUACUGAAAACAACUUUAGCUCCCAUCUCACUAUAGCUGAAACGCAAUGGAUGUGUGAUGAUGACAGUGCACCAGAUCAAGACAAAGUGGUCAGUAGUAGUCAUAUAGAAAAACCCUCCAGUUCUUUUAUCGCUAUAGCAGAAACACAGCCAAUGUUUAAGGUAGAUGAAGCACCAGAGGAUAAUUUAAACAGUGAGGUCAGCACAAGACAAAUCGAAGGUGAGCCUGUACAUCAUAUUGAAAAGGCCUCUACCUCUAAUCGUGCCAUCCCUGAUGCACAAUCUGUUGGUGAAGACUAUGAGGAACAAAAUCCCAGCAGCAAGAUGUCCAUCACAAAAUCACGCAGGUGUAGAUCGAAAAAACAGAAGGAAGGCCAACAACCUGCUGAGGCUUUUGUCAUUCACACUGUAGCAGAAACACAACCAAUGUAUGAGGAAGAACAAAUUGACGAUCUGAAAAGUGAGACCAGCUCUGGGAGACAACAAGCACAUGAAUUCAAAUCUCCAGAACUUGCUGAAACAGACCUGAAAGCAUUUGUCUCUGUAGCUGAAACACAACCUAUGUGUGCAGAAGAGGCACCAUAUGAAGAUCUGAUUAAUGCAGUUAGCACCAGAGAGAUAGAUGAAGACAAAUCAACAAAUCUCCUAGUACCCUCAAGCUCCCGUGUCAGCAUAGAUGAAACACAGCCUAUGCUCGAGAAAGGACAGGAAAAAGACGUCAGCAACAAGAUUACAAGCCCAAGAUCAUGCAGGGGUACACCAAAGAAAGACAAGGUAACACCAGCUGCUGAGGCUGCUGUUCAUCAGACAGAAACCCAACCAGUACCUGAAGAAGUGAUUGAAAAGGAUGAAGAUCAGAACAGUGGAGUGAAAUCCAGGAGAUCUCGCAGAGGAAGGCUGAUAAAAGAGGACAGCAUUCCACAGGAGAACGCCCAAGAAGGCCCUAGUGGCAGAAGCAGCAGAAGACAGAGAAAAGACAAGGCAGAGGUGAAGAAGGAGACAGCUGCAUCUAGUAAAGUUCAAGGUAAACCUAGAAAAGGGCAGGAAGGGAAAAGAAAGAGGGGGAAAGUGUUGUCUGAGGAUGAGGAAGAGAGUGAAGAAGAAAAAACCACAAGAAGAGGAACCAGGCGGACAGGUAUAAAACUGAAGUGUAAUGAAAAGGAAAAAGAGGAAAAAUUAGAUGAGAGGAAUGCCCAAGAAGAGAAAGAAAAGAUGGAGAAAGAGCUCCAAGAACAAAAGGAGACAAAGAGGUUUGAGAUGGAAGAAAAGGAGAGACUGGAGUAUGAGAGAAAGAAACAAGAAGAAUGUGAACAAAGAAAGCUGGCUGAAACUGAAAUGAGACAAAAACUAGAAAGGGAGCAGAAGGAAUUAGAGGAAAAAGAACAACUGAAACGGGAAGAAGAGGAAAAAAUUAGAAAAGAAAAUGAGAGAAUUCAGCUAGAAAAAGAACUUUUAAAAAAAGAAGAGAAUGAGAGGUUGGAAAGGGAGAGAAGGGAACUAGAAAGGAAGGAAGACGAAAGAAUUCAGAGAGAAAAAGACCAUUUAGAGAAAGAAGAGAAGGAAAGGGAAAUGCUAGAGAGGGAGAGGAGAGAACUAGAAGAAAAACGACAAAAGGAACAAGAUGAAAGAAUUCAAAAGGAGAAAGAACAAAACGAGGUGGAAAGAGAACAAUUAGAAAAGGAAAGACAAGAAACUGAACUUCAGAUGAAAGCAAAAGAGCAAAAAAGGACUAAGGAGAGAAACCAUCAGAAACAAAAGAAUGAGGAGGACAAGACACAACUAGAAACUCCACUAGUUCCUCCAGCCAGACAAGCACGCCGCUGCUCAAACUCCUCUGUGAACUCCGAUCAGUCUGUCUUCUCACAACAGGAAGUGUCCAGCCAGAGGGGACGAGGACGAGGCAGGGGCAGAGGCCGAGGGAAACAGACAGCUGACGAGCCACCCAUUAGUGCUAGACGGUCUAGCAGGAGAGGACUAGUUAGUGCAGUUGAAGACACAGAGCAGGACUCCAAUUCAACAACCCGUUCCCGAUCCCACUCCAGUUCUAGAAGUUCUGAAAGAUCUGCUCAUAGUGUCGGACCUUCAAACCAAGGAACCAGAGGCAGAGGCAGAGGCAGAGGCCGAAAGAGUAUGAAACUGCCAGAAUCGGAAGAACUUUCCCAAGCUAAAACUUCCGGAAAAGGCAGGGGAAGAGGAGGAAGGCUUUCUGGUGUGGAGAAUGUAUACGUCGGAAUGGACAAUGAUCGUGAACAAGAUGCUAAGGUGGAGGAGGACAACACUGCUGUACCCCAAACCAACAGCAGAGGUCGUAAGAGAGCAGCCAACACCAGCACAUCCCCUGAAGUGGUUCCUUCACCCACACCCAAGACUCCAAGGCGCUCUGUGGCUAGUCAGGCGCACAAGGUGUUAUUCACUGGGCUGUCAGAUGAGGAUGGAGAGAGAGUCGUCUCUCGGUUAGGUGGAAGCCUGGCAAAAGGAGUGAACGAUAUGACUCACCUGGUGACUGAUAAAGCGAGACGCACUGUUAAGUUUUUGUGCGCUGUUGCCAGAGGGGUGCCAAUCGUGACUCCUGAUUGGCUGAAAAAGUGUGGAAAAGCUGGCCGUUUCCUUUCUACUGAUGAUUAUAUAUUGAAAGACACCGAGCAGGAGAAAAAGUUUAGUUUCAGCCUACAGGCCUCACUGCAAACGGCUCAAACUCAACCCCUUUUAAAGGGUUAUGAGAUUCACGUAACCCCCUCUGUGAUGCCAGAACCGUCUCAAAUGAAAGAAAUCAUCACUUGCUGCGGAGCACGCUACCUCCCCAAAAUGCCCUCUGCUCACAAGGAGCAUGCCGUGGUGGUGUCAUGUGAGCAGGACAGGGCUCUUUGUGUUAAGGCAGUGGGUAUGUCAUUGCCCGUGGUCAGCACAGAGUUCCUAUUGACUGGCAUUCUGCAGCAGAAAGUUGACCUCCAGGCCUUUUCUCUCACUUCCUCUCUCAACACGUCCAAUCAGCCUGCGGCCCCCAAAGCUGCUACCAGGGGCCGAAGAAAACAGUGACAGUGACAUAGGAAAGGACUUGUGUAAUACAUUUGUGAUCAAAUUUGAUGUAAGGAGGUUUCGGUAUAGAUCGCUUAGAAUGAAUAUGUGAUGCAUAUGCGUACAGUUAUAGGUUAGAUGAGAUGCUGCUACACUUGUAACCACGCACCCGACUGAUUCCUGUGAAUGUGAGAGCUGGAGAGAGUGUGAGGUGAAUGUCAAUGUAUGAUGAGUGUUAGUGAUGGGAGAAUGAGUUCCUCUCACUUUUUAAUGUAUUACUUCAAUAAACGCUUUCACAGCCAAAAUAACGCAAA